AUGAUUGAAGACCACCUUUCUUCCUUGGCUGGUGAGGGAGAUUGGUUAGCUUUCAACAAGACUCUAGCGUUAGCUGUAUUUGGGAUGAUCCUUUUCCCCUUUUACGCUAACACAGUGGACCAUGCUGCAAUGGACGCUUUCUUCGCUUGGGACGUGCACAUGAAGAGUCCCGUGCCUGCCAUUCUUGCCGACACCUUGCUGUCUGUUCAUCUAUCACAACAGAAGCAAGGAAAAAUCAUCCGAUGCUGCACCUCCUUGCUGUAUGUGUGGGGCAUUACUCAUUUCUAUGCCUCUAGUCAUAUGGGGACCUUGCCCGAUCCAUUGAGGAGUUUCUCCAAGAUCCCCGUACGCCGCCGAUAUGCUUCCGAGUGGAAGGAAGAGAUGGAACAGUGGAGUAUUGACCACUUUACAUGGGUUUGCCCUUGGUUCCAUCCGAGCCAUGUGUUGAUGAGAUGCGGCAGUUAUCCAAGCAUACCAUUGAUAGGCCUCAGCGGUUGCAUAGCCUACUCACCCAGAUUGGUUAUGAGACAACUAAUGAGGGCUCAAAUUGUUCCUACUAAAGAGGAGCUUGGAGGGUUGUGUUUCGGCUUUGAUUCCGAGCAUCAGAGGGACGUGCACGCUAUCAUAAGAGCGUGGGAGAAAGCAACCUAUGAGGGAGAUCUCGAGCUUGAAAAGCCUCGGGUAUCCGUCUCCAUUGAUUAUGAGAAAUGGAGGAGCGAGAGGGGGGUGUCACAGCCUUCCACUUCUUGUGCAACUACAGCAACAAGAAAGGUGUUGCAAGAACAAGUCAACACCUUGACCAAGAAACUGGAAAUCCAAGGAGCUCAAAUGAGAGUUCUUGAAGAGAAAAAUGAAGAAUCCAGUUUCCGCAUUGAUGGUCUUCAAAGGCAAUGCAAGAAGAAAGACCACGAGAUAGAGCGGCUCAAGGAUGAGUGUGCUAACCUCAAUGAGGAGACUACUCGGGCAUCCAAAAUGCCAAAGGUUGAACCGAGUAGUCAACUCCAAGAAGUCAACGCAAAGAUAGCACACCUUGAAGCCGAACAUGCAAGGCAGGCACAGUUGAUCAAGAACAUGCAAGAAGAUUUGCUUUUGACUCGAUCUGAUGCACAGCAAUGGCGGGAA